AUGUCUGCCCAAAGCAUACCUUUUACGAAUAGCUUGGACUUUAGUGUCACGGUUUACAACUCUUUCAAUGAGGGUACCCAAGAUGAGACAAACUAUCUUGGUACCUUGACCUCUAUCAUAACGGUGCCAGCGAAUACCACGGGUUCAGUGUCACUGAAACAACCAUCAGCCGCAGUGCUGAUCGUCAAGAAUGCAACGUCCAAUGCCCCUUUGGCACGGCUCAAUUACUUGUCAGGGUUCAGCAAGGGACCAUAUGGCGUUGGGCAAGCUGAUGUCAACGCUAUGACACAAACUAUGGACUUCAUCACCUUUAUCAACAAUAAUCAAAACGACCCGCUCACGUUGGCCUUCAAGAAUCUCUGGAAAGACUCCUCAAAGCCACAAGUCCAACCCGUUGACAACUUCUUCGCCCAUUCACAAACCUACGCGAGCUGCACCUUUGCGACCUAUAUGAUGGCCAUUGCUUACACUGCUGAGCAGGCACAGGGCAAAGGCAAGCUCUCAGCCCCUGCCCUAUACUCGCUCAAGACUCUUGUUCCGCUAUUGGGCGGAACCUGGCCAGCCUCGCUUCCGGACAUCGUAGUGACUAGCUUCACUUGUAAUACUACCAACAACGAUGUGCUGGUACUUCGAGCAGGGAUAGACCUAAAGAAGCUGCCUGCCAAGUCAGAUGAUGCGCUGCAGUUUUUUGGAUCACUGUUCACAGUCCAACAGCUUCAGAUGUCAGUCACUAUCAACUAUGCCUUCAAAUCGGGCAAUGUGGGCACUUGCCUUUCUAUCGACCUCGAUGCUAUGCACGUACCUUUCGGAAGCUCGUCCGUCUUGACCAUCAACAAACCCACCGCUACCAUUGAAAUCAACCCGUUAUUCAAGUUCGUCUUCUUUGAAGUUACUGGUGACGUCCCGCUCACUAUAUUCGGAAAGCAGUUCGAUGCCGAUGUGACCAUGGCCAUAGACAACAUUGAGGCCAAUUUCAGCGUGGUUGUCAACGGAGAUCAUUCCUCUCUCCCGGCGCCACCAACAAUGAAGGGCGUGCACUUUGAUGCGUUUGGCGUAGGCAUCGGAAUCAUGUUUGAGCCACCAAGUGCGGCGAUUGGCCUUUCAGGUCAACUGCACAUAGGUGACUCUGGCAGCGGUCCCCUGACAGGCCUUGACGAUGACACGUUCGUGGUUGUUUGCCAGAUGAUCGAAGAUGUGCCGACCCCCCUCUACGUUUCCUUCUAUGUGUCUCAGAUGAGCCUGGAAGACGUCUUCACGAUCUUCACCAACUUUCAAUGUCCUGUGGAUGUACCGGUGUCAUUUACCGAUCUAUCCUUCCAAUGGUCUGCAGACCCCAUGAAACCUGUAGUGUUGCCUGAUGGGUCGCUCUCCAACAUGAAGUAUGGCUUCAGCGCAGUUGCCAGCAUCUUCGACAUCAAGUUCUACGGCGACUUGAAGAUCGAUCUCACGACAGGGCUAACAGCCAGCAUCCAGAUGGCUCCCCUGAAAUUCGGCAGCAUAUUCUCGAUAACCGGAAAUGGCACCGGGUUUUCCGUUAAGGUGGAUGCCAGCGGUAAUCCUAUCAAAAACAAUCAGCUAGUCACCACGGCAGCGCAGAAACAGGCAAUCGAAAAUGCCACGACGAAGUGUUUGGUGCAAUCGGGUGGCGCAGAGUUGGAGGUCCAGACGUUGGCCUCGCCCUUCCUGCACCUCAACGGUGCUGUGAGUCUGUUCGGUUUAGAAAGUGUAAACCUGGACGCCGAUGUCACACCGAGCGGCAUUACGUUUGACGUGAACUUCGGCGGGUUGCUAACGUCGAAUAUGACUUGCACUUUAUCCGAUUAUCACAACUUGAGCGCCGCAUUCGAGUACGGCAUCGAUGACACUAUAUCGCUACCUUCGAUCGGUGGGGUCGGUUUAGGCUCUCUCCAUUUGCAGGCAUCGGUCGAUGCGGGUUUCGCACUGAGUUCAAGCUUGUCGGACAUCAUCCUCCAAGUCUGGGGCAACUUCGACUUCGAGGGCGCAACCUGCAAUUUCGGUAAAUUCACAGUUGAUGUGGAUAUUAAAAGCAUAAGCGAUCUGCUGUCGUCCAUUCUCAGCAACAUCGAGCAAAACGCUGGGCAACUGUUCAAAAGUCUGCUGAGCUCGGCUGAGGCGUGGGCAGGCAAGGUUGCGCAGGACAUAGUUACUGGGAUCGAAUCGGUGGCAAACGUCUUGCAAAAAGCUUUCAACAAAGAUGCCGGAGAGGUAGCAUCUAUCAUGACGGGAGCAGGUUUCGGCGCCGGGGAGAUAGCGGGGGGUCUCCAAAGUGCUUUUGGUAUGACACCACGGGGGAUUGCACAACUUUUGCAACAAAAUGGUUUUGCCGGCGAACUGGUGGCUUCGGCACUACAAAGUGUGUUUGGCAAUGAUGCUGCGCCCAUAGCCCACGCUCUGCAGGACGUAUACGGCUGGGUACCCGGCCAAAUAAGCCACAUACUGGGUCAUAUCGGCUUCAGCUCUAAUGAAAUAGGCUCAGCCUUGGGGAUGUUUGAUCCCUUCGGACUACCUAUCCUAUAG